AUGAGACAUUAUUUAGCCCUCGCAAUCCCUUUAAUCCAGAACAUCGGACCCCUGCAUUUCCAAAUGAAACAUCAUAUGCUAAUGUCACUAGCCACCCUGACAUUUUUGACUAUGUGUAUGUCCCGCCAGCAGUCAAAAUGGAAAAUCAGGCUUCGCACAGAGCACCUGACCAACAGAGUGAUUCAAAAGAGUGUCAGUCCAACCUGAACAAGUCAGCACAGCCCUUCUAUCCAAAGUCCAUGCCUACAGCUUCCUACAGUGCACCCACAACUGCACACCUGGCGCAGUACUUGGCUCGGCGUGACCUGGUGAAUUCAAGUUUAUAUCAGUUUGAUGAUAAGCCUGAACACUAUCGUGCUUGGCAGUCUUCAUACACCAAUGUCACACAAGGGCUAGGCCUCACACCUACUGAGGAGUUGGACUUGAUGAUAAAAUGGCUCGGUAGAGAAUCCAGCAAUCAUGUGAAGCGUAUACGGUCAGUACACAUAACAAACCCAGUCACAGCACUUAAGAAGGCCUGGGAUCGCCUCCAGGAAUGUUAUGCAGCACCUGAAAUGAUCGAAAGGUCUCUUUUCGACCGACUUGGCAAUUUCCCAAGAGUUUCAGCAAAAGAACACGUGAAGCUACGGGAACUAUCAGAUUUGCUAAUGGAAGUACAGUGUGCUAAGGAGGACGGUUACCUCCCAGCUCUCUCCUACUUGGACACUGCACGUGGUAUCGAACCCAUAGUUGCAAAAUUGCCCUAUGGGCUUCAAGAAAGAUGGAUUUCAGCUGGUUCAAAACAUAAGGAAGAAAAUAAAGGACAAUUUCCACCCUUUGAAUUUUUCAGCCAGUUCAUAAGUUAUGAGGCACGGAAGAGAAACGACCCCAGCUUUUCUAUCCCAAGCGCUUGCAGCUCACCCACAAAGUUCGAAAGGGCCCCCUUUAAAGGCACAAGGAACCCCAUUUCGGUUCACAAGACGGAUGUUGAUUCUACACACACACGUGCAAGCAAUGUGAAAGGUGUAAGUGACCCAAAUAAGAGCUGCCCAAUACACAGCAAGCCACAUCCCCUUAAACGGUGCAAAGCUUUUAGAGCAAAGAACCUGGAAGAAAGAAAGACUUUUCUCAAAGAAAGAGGGAUCUGCUUUAGGUGUUGUAGCUCAACCACUCACUUUGCUAAGGACUGUCAAAAUGCAGUUAAGUGUAUGGAAUGUGAGAGCACCUAUCAUGACUCUGCCAUGCAUCCUGGACCUGCAUCUCAAGUUAAGGCCUCUUCAACUUCACCACACAAUGGCGGGGAGGGAGAAGAGAACAGCACUACCACCACAGUUGUUAACUCAAGCUGCACUGAGGUUUGUGGGCCAGGACAAAUUGGUCGAUCAUGCUCCAAGAUUUGCCUGGCGAAAGUAUAUCGCAAAGGUCAACCAGACAAACACAUUAAGGCUUACGUCAUCUUGGAUGACCAAAGCAAUAGGUCAUUGGCACGGUCCAGUUUAUUUGAGCUAUUUAAUGUAGAGUGUGAACCAUAUUCCUACUAUUUGAAGACGUGUUCUGGCACCGUUGAAGCAUCUGGGCGUAGAGCUGAAGCCUUCAUUAUCGAGUCGCUGGAUGGAAGGGCUAUAAUCCCUCUCCCACCACUCAUCGAGUGCAAUGAUAUACUCGACAAUCGGUCUGAAAUCCCGACUCCGAGUGCAGCUCGACACCAUCCUCAUCUUGCGAAAGUAGCAGAGCACAUUCCUGAUAUCGACCCGACUGCUGAGAUCCUCCUGUUGCUCGGCAGGGAUGUAAUAAGAGUGCACAAGGUCAGGGAACAGGUCAACGGGCCCCACAAUGCCCCCUUUGCGCAACGGCUAGACCUGGGAUGGGUGCUAGUUGGAGAAGUGUGUUUGGGAAGUGCACACAGGCAGACUGUCAACACCUUCAAAACAACUGUGCUUGAGAAUGGUCGACCCUCACUCCUACAACCUUGCACAAGCUUCUUGCACAUCAAAGAAAAGAUUGAUCAUGGCACAGCAGCAAGUGAUGGCAAGUCAGAGGUCAGUAAACCUGCAGAAGAGGCGUUAGGACAAACUGUCUUCAAUCACACAGAACGUGACAACAAGCUGGCAUCCUCAAUUGAAGAUGACAUCUUCUUGAAACUGAUGGGCAAAGAAGUCUACAGAGAUGAGUCUAAUAGUUGGGUUGCCCCACUCCCAUUUAGGCAACCAAGGCAACGCCUACCCAACAACCGGGAACAAGCAGCCAAACGAUUUGCGUCACUCCAGUGCAGUCUAAAUAAGAGACCAGAGAUGCAACAGCAAUACAUGGCCUUCAUGGGAAAAAUAUUGGAGAACGGUCAUGCAGAGGUAGCACCAUCGUUGGGAGAGAGUGAAGAAUGUUGGUACUUGCCAACCUUUGGGGUUUUCCACCCACAAAAACCAGGCCAAAUUAGGGUGGUAUUUGAUUCAAGUGCCAAACACUUAGGUAUUUCUCUCAACGAUGUGCUCCUCACAGGACCCGAUCUCAACAAUACACUCCUUGGAGUUCUGAUGAGGUUCCGGAAGGAAAAGGUUGCGAUCCUGGCAGAUAUACAACAGAUGUUUCACUGCUUCUUGGUGCGACAGGACCACAGGAACUACCUGAGAUUCCUGUGGUACAGGGAUAAUGACAUGACAAAGGAGAUCAUAGACUACAGAAUGACGGUUCAUGUUUUUGGCAACAGCCCAUCCCCUGCUGUAGCUAUCUAUGGACUUAGAAGAGCCAUCAAAGAGGGUGCACAAGAACAUGGAACUGACACCGUCAACUUUGUGGAGCGCCACUUCUAUGUGGAUGAUGGCCUUCUUUCUGUGCCAACUGAUGCUGAAGCCAUCGACUUGUUGCGCCGAACACAGACUUCCCUUGCUGAAUCGAACCUCAGGCUUCACAAGUUUGUGUCUAAUAGCCAAACUGUCUUGGAAGCUUUCCCACCUGAAGACUGUGCUGCAAUCAUGGAGGAUGUGGAUUUCUGUGGAGAGGCAGUCCUUACUCAACGCAGCCUGGGUCUUCUAUGGGAGAUAAAGAGUGACACAUUCACCUUCUCUGUGGCCCAUGACAGCAAGCCGUUUACUCGUCGUGGUGUCCUCUCCACAGUGAACAGUGUUUUUGACCCCUUAGGGUUUCUGGCCCCAGUAACAAUCCAAGGAAGAGCCCUCCUCCGCGAACUCACAGCAGAGCUGUCUGAUUGGGACACAACCUUACCUGAAGAUGAGCUCAGUAAGUGGCAGGUGUGGCAAAACUCUCUUAUGGACCUGAGACACCUUCAUGUGCCACGUACAUACACCACAGCUUCUCUCGCCAAGGCAGUGCAUGUAGAGCUGUGCGUAUUUUCUGAUGCAUCUACCACAGCCAUUGGUGCUGUAGCAUACCUGAAAACUGUGCAAGAAGAUGGUGAAACCCAUGUUGGAUUCGUCAUGGGGAAGGCCAAACUUGCACCCCAGUCAGAACCAACUAUUCCAAGGCUGGAACUUUGUGCAGCAGUCCUAGCUGUGGAAAUGGCAGACUUAAUUCGUGACGAAUUGGAUUUGAAGCUGGAUUCCAUGAAUUUCUUCACUGAUAGCAAACUGGUUCUGGGUUACAUCUUCAAUGAAUCUAGACGCUUCUAUGUCUAUGUUCAUAAUAGAGUACAGCGCAUUCGCCAAACCACUAAGCCUGAUCAAUGGCACUACGUGCGUACAGAAGAUAAUCCUGCCGACUACGCAUCGAGGUCUGUUCCUGCCUCACUCCUGGCGCAGACAAUGUGGUUCACAGGACCUGACUUCCUGCUUAACCCUCCGAAUGAACCAGAAGCAGUCCAGUCCUUUGACUUAGUGAAACCUGAGUUGGACCCGGAUAUCCGUCCACCAGUGAGGAGCUAUGCCACACACCUCCAAGAGAAAGGUCUCAGCACAGAACGCUUUCAAAGGUUCUCCAGUUUCAACUCUCUUGUUCGAGCUAUAGCGCUCCUAAUUCACAUUGCAAGGUCUUACAAUCUUUCCAAUCACGGGGACAAGUGUAAAGGAUGGCAUAAGUGUGAUCUACCUCGUACUCCAGAAGAACUAUCUCAAGCUGAGGAAGUCAUCAUCUCAGCUGUUCAGAAGAGAGCAUUCCCAAAGGAAUUUGAAGCCUUGACAUCGAACAAGCCAGUCCCUCUAAGUAGCAGCCUUCGUUGCCUCAGUCCAACCUUGCAGAACAAUCUUAUCUGUCUUGGAGGUCGUUUGAAAAAUGCUAACCUGGAAAUUGGAGAGAAGAAUCCAAUAAUCCUCCCAAAAGAUGAUCAUGUCUCUUUGUUGCUUGUCAGGCACCAUCAUGCUCAAGUUAAACAUCAAGGUCGUCACCUGACAGAGGGAGCUGUCAGAGCAGCAGGAUUAUGGCUCCUGGGAGGAAAAAGGCUCAUCAACUCUGUCUUACAGAAAUGUGUAACAUGCCGUAAGCUUAGGGGAAGAAUACAGGAGCAACACAUGGCUGAUUUGCCACCCCAGCGUCUCCAGACCUGCCCUCCUUUCACGUACGUGGGGUUGGAUGUCUUUGGACCCUGGCUCAUCACCACUAGACGCACAAGGGGAGGACAGGCUGAAAGCAAGCGGUGGGCGAUACUGUUCUGUUGCAUGAGCUCUCGAGCUGUCCACAUCGAGGUCAUUGAUUCAAUGGACACCUCAAGCUGUAUCAACGCUUUAAGGCGUUUCUUUGCCAUAAGAGGACCCGCGAAACAACUCAUGUCCGAUUGUGGCACAAACUUCAUGGGAGCAUGUAAGGAGCUUGGAAUAAGUAAAAACCAACCAGACUCAACUGUGCAGAGGUACCUAAACCAACAAGGAUGCUCAUGGGAGUUCAACCCCCCACAUGCUUCGCAUAUGGGCGGGUCUUGGGAACGUCUGAUUGGCGUGGCCAGAAGAAUUCUGGACUCAAUGUUUCUUGAACAGCACACUCGCUUAACCCAUGAUGUUUUGUGCACGCUAAUGGCAGAAGUGACCGCCAUUAUCAACGCAAGGCCUCUAAUCCCGGUUUCAAAUGACCCUGAGGAUCCAUUCAUUCUGUCACCAUCAAUGCUUUUGACUCAGAAAGUAGGAGUCCCACCUCCACCAGGAGACUUUAUAGACAAAGACCUCCUCACCAAGCAAUGGAGACGAGUACAAGUUCUUGCCAAUAAAUUUUGGAGCCGUUGGAGUCGAGAGUAUUUGCCAACUUUGUAGCACAGGAGGAAAUGGAACAAAUCACACCCAAACCUGCAAGAAGGAGACCUCGUUCUUCUCAAAGACAGUCAAGCUGCCCGCAACAACUGGCCAAUGGUUAUAAUCACAAAGGCUUUCUCUGGAAGUGAUGGAAGAGUGAGAAAGGUGGAAUUGAAGACCACAGACCAAGGACAUUCAAAGACGUUCUUCCGACCAGUCUCAGAAGUUGUUUUACUUCUUGCUAAAAAUGAUGUUCAGAGACCUGCUUAGUUCAUGUGGUAAUUAGUUGGUGACCUCACGGAGGUCAGGCGGGGAGUGUGUUGCCUUUAUGGCCUAAGUUGUACAUGCUUUUAUUUUGAAAUGUGUUUUAUUUUGAAAUGGGUUUUCUCUGCUGAGGGAGUCACGUGUGUAAAAUUCACUUCCUGUUAGUAGUGAAGAAGCUACCUGAAUCAGUUCUCCUGUGUUUGUGUUCAUCCAAAGCAAUUCACGCUGUAAACGCCACAGAGGCAAUGUCUUUUCACUCUGCCCUGUAUGAUACAAAAGAGGAACAGUAAACAGCAAAGAAAGCUCA